GCGGAGCGUUCCUCCGCCGUGCCUGGCUUCCAGCUUCGGGCCGGAACCGGAAGUUUAGGGGGCGUGGCCGACUGAGGCCCGGGGACCGAAAACGCGGCCGAGCCCUGAGCCCGGAGCCGGAGCCAGAGCCUGGACCAGAACUUGGCCGCCGCCUGCACAGCCGCCGCAGCCCGCCGCCCGCCGCUCCUGCCCCGCGCCGCCGCCGCUGCCUCGGCCGCCACCGCCGCGAGCUCGGCCGCCAGUGGUCCGCGGACUUUGGGUGUCCGGGUUGAAGGUCGGUCCGGACGUCGGACCCAGCUCGGUUCCCGGACUGUCCGGGCGGCAGCGGACGCCGCCGCCGCCGCCUCCUUGUCGCCUCAGCCUGGCGUUUUGUUCCCAGAGCCCGGAGAGGCGAGCGGCGCUGACAGUGAUUUUGACAGUGAUUUAAACCUGCUUUUGUUGUUGUUGGCUUUUCGUUGUUUGGUUUUGUGUGUUGUGCGUGUGUGUGGCGGUUUUUCCCCCGUGGUGCAUUUUUUUUUUUAUAUUAUUAUUGUGCCUUUUUUUAUUUUUCCUCUUUUUUUAACCCCGUGAACGUUUUUUUUGGUCGGGGCUUCCGAGUAUGUUUUAUGACGGUUGAUUUUACACCAGGAGGUUUGUCUCCGAGGAAGACCCAGGGAACUGGAUAUCUAGCGAGAACUUCCUACGGAUCCCCGGCGCCUCGGGAACAUGGGAGCUGCUGCGAAGUUGGCGUUUGCCGUCUUUCUUAUCUCUUGCUCUUCAGGUGCUAUACUUGGUAGAUCAGAAACUCAGGAGUGUAUUUUCUAUAAUGCUAAUUGGGAAAGAGACAGAACCAAUCGAACUGGUGUUGAACCCUGUUAUGGUGACAAAGAUAAACGGCGACAUUGUUUUGCUACCUGGAAGAAUAUUUCUGGUGCCAUUGAAAUAGUGAAGCAAGGUUGUUGGCUGGAUGAUAUCAACUGCUAUGACAGGACUGAUUGUAUAGAAAAAAAAGACAGCCCUGAAGUAUAUUUUUGUUGCUGUGAGGGCAAUAUGUGUAACGAAAGGUUUUCUUAUUUUCCGGAGAUGGAAGUCACACAGCCUACUUCGAAUCCUGUUACACCUAAACCACCCUAUUAUAACAUCUUGCUCUAUUCCUUGGUGCCACUUAUGUUAAUUGCGGGGAUUGUCAUUUGUGCAUUUUGGGUAUACAGGCAUCAUAAGAUGGCCUACCCUCCUGUACUUGUUCCAACUCAAGACCCAGGACCACCCCCACCUUCUCCAUUACUAGGUUUGAAGCCACUGCAGUUAUUAGAAGUGAAAGCAAGAGGAAGAUUUGGUUGUGUCUGGAAAGCCCAGUUGCUCAAUGAAUAUGUGGCUGUGAAAAUAUUUCCAUUACAGGAUAAACAGUCAUGGCAAAAUGAAUAUGAAGUCUAUAGUUUGCCUGGAAUGAAGCAUGAGAACAUAUUACAGUUCAUUGGUGCAGAAAAACGAGGCACCAGUGUUGAUGUGGAUCUCUGGCUAAUCACAGCAUUUCAUGAAAAGGGUUCACUGUCAGACUUUCUUAAGGCUAAUGUGGUCUCUUGGAAUGAAUUGUGUCAUAUUGCAGAAACCAUGGCUAGAGGAUUGGCAUAUUUACAUGAGGAUAUACCUGGCCUAAAAGAUGGCCACAAACCCGCCAUAUCUCACAGGGACAUCAAAAGUAAAAAUGUGCUGUUGAAAAACAAUCUGACAGCUUGCAUUGCUGACUUUGGGUUGGCAUUAAAGUUUGAGGCUGGCAAGUCUGCAGGUGAUACCCAUGGACAGGUUGGUACCCGGAGGUAUAUGGCUCCAGAGGUAUUAGAGGGUGCUAUAAACUUCCAAAGGGAUGCAUUUUUGAGGAUAGAUAUGUACGCCAUGGGAUUAGUCCUGUGGGAACUGGCUUCUCGCUGUACUGCCGCAGAUGGACCUGUAGAUGAGUACAUGUUGCCAUUUGAGGAGGAAAUUGGCCAGCAUCCAUCUCUUGAAGACAUGCAGGAAGUUGUUGUGCAUAAAAAAAAGAGGCCUGUUUUAAGAGAUUAUUGGCAGAAACACGCUGGAAUGGCAAUGCUCUGUGAAACGAUAGAAGAAUGUUGGGAUCAUGAUGCAGAAGCCAGGUUAUCAGCUGGAUGUGUAGGUGAAAGAAUUACUCAGAUGCAAAGACUAACAAAUAUCAUUACCACAGAGGACAUUGUAACAGUGGUUACGAUGGUGACAAAUGUUGACUUUCCUCCCAAAGAAUCUAGUCUAUGAUGGUUGCAUCAUGUGUACACACUGAGAAACAGGACUCUGAACUGGAGCUGCUAAGCUAACAAAACUGCUUACAGUUUAUUUUCUGUGUGAAAUGAGUAAGAUGUCUCUUGGACAUGUUGGAAAGAAGACCCUCCUUUAAAAUGUGGCUCUGGGAGACUUACAUUACCUGUAGCAGAGACGUGAAGGACAUGGGACUAAGAGAGAAGUUGCAGACUCUAUAAAGAAACUUUUGAAAAAGUGUACAUGAAGAAUGUGGCCCUCUCCAAAUCAAGGAUCUUUUGGACCUGGCUAAUCAAGUGUUUGAAAACUGACAUCAGAUUUCUUAAUGUCUGUGAGAAGACACUAAUUCCUUAAAUGAACUACUGCUAUUUUUUUUUAAAUCAAAAACUUUUCAUUUCAGAUUUUAAAAAGGGUAACUUGUUUUUAUUGCAUUUGCUGUUGUGUUUCUAUAAAUGACUAUUGUAAUGCCGAUAUGACACAGCUUGUGAAUGUUUAGUGUGCUGCUGUUCUGUGUACAUAAACAAAGUCAUCAAAGUGGGGUACAGUAAAGAGGCUUCCAAGCAUUACUUUAACCUCCCUCAACAAGGUAUACCUCAGUUCCAUGGUUGCUAAAUUAUAAAAUUGAGAACACUAACAAAAUUUGAAUAAUAAAUUGAUCCAUGUUUUGUAACAAGGUAUUACAAAUUCACUGUGUUAUUUAAGAAAAAAAGGUAAGCUAUGCUUAGUGCCAACAGUAAGUGGCCAUUCGUAAAGCAGUGUUUUAGCUUUUCUUGUGCUAGCUUGUAAUUUAAGGAAAAAAGAAGUGCUGUUUUUUGAAAUGAAAAAAUGGUGUCAUUUCCCCCUUCUUCCCAUGUUUUACAGCUUCAUCUUAUAUCCAGUUCCCAAAAUAUUGCAUACUUACCUAAGUAUUUUUUUUAGGUGUGCUGUGUUUGGGGAAUAUUUGAAAAUUUAAAGCAUGAUUUAAGUUUUUUUAAGUGAGCUGUGACACUGGAAAGCUCUUCAUUUUUCUUUUAAAAUAGAUUUUUUUUCCUAUUUAUAUAUGUAAAAUUGUAGUGUAUUUCUUUUCACCAGUGUGUGGGACAUUCUUUAUCACUGUUUUAGGAUCACCUCAGGAAGUGUCAUUACUCAGAAUUCCUCACUCUCUGCUUUGAGACUUGUAACUUUAUCACUAUAUUUCUGCUUGGUGCCAUCUUGUCAGAGUAAUAUUUGAUGUCUGUGAUAUAUAAAGAAUUAUCCUAGGAUAGAGAUUUUAAAUUUUAAGCACAGAUUUCAGAUGUUACUGCUUUAAAACAAAUCAGGGAUAACAAGUUAAACUUAUAACUUAAAAAUAUGCAAUGACAUUUAGAGGUAACCAGUGUUGAUGUAGGUAACAUAGCCUAGCCUCCUGCAAAUUGCUUUCACAACUCUGAUAUUAAUUUAGCAUAGUUCAUGCCUUAUCCUUGAUAAGAAAAUGGAAUUGAUGGUAGGUAGGUGCCAAAGUGCUUUUCACAACAAUAUUACAUUAGAAUAUAAUUGGAUUCUUCCUCAAAUUUAUACAGGCCAAAGUAAAACAUUAAUUUCCUGAAUUUCUAGAUUACUGACCAACAGCCAGUAUUAUACUAUGUACUUUUGUCAGGUCAUUUUAAAAUCAAUACAUUAAUUUUAUAAAAGAACUUUUUACAUGUCACUAUCAGGAGCUCACUGUGAAUGUGUUAUCUUCAAAUGGCUAUUUAACCACAGAGUACACUACAUUUUACAUAUAAAUGCACUUAAUCUCUGGGAAUAAUUAUAUUAUUUAUAAAUAAUACAUAGGUCAACAGACUCUAAGCAGGGAGGGAAAGAAGAGUAAUAGCAUUGUUGUCUGUGUGCCACACACCAUACAGAACUUUGUGCUCUUGGUCACAUAUGUAUCCAAGGUUUCAUUGUAUUCCUAAGAAUUUCCAUUUCAAUAUUGAGUUCAUCUCUUUAUUCCAAAAAGUACUUGGCCUCUCAAUUUCUUGAUUUGGUUUUGCUUCUACUUCGAAACUAAUUAAGAAGGGAAAAUAAUGAGAAUGUUUGUACAUGAAAAUUGUUAAUCUCUUUAAUUUCUACCUGUUCUAAACAUUUAAUCCUGUUUCUAUAAGUUAAAUCAAAUCGAAACAAAAACAAACAAGGAAUAUUAUGAUGAAUGUUUGGCUUAUGUGAGGACUAGACAUAAAUUUUGUAAGACCAGUUAUUCACAAGAUCAAGUUUUCUCUUCAUGUUAGAAAAAAUUUUUAGAAAUCCUGGUUAUUGUACUUAACUCUGGCUAACCAAUUUUAAAACUUGUAUCCUUUUGAGAACUAUAUUAAUAGAAAAACACUUUUUAUAAGCAGUAAAUAAGAAUGUUCCAGUGACUACCUGUCCUGAUACCUAGUCUUGUUAAAACUUUCUUUUGCAGGGCAUUGUCAUGUUUGGUUUACAGUCAGUGCAGAGUGGGCAAGUUAACAAAAAGUUUGAGCUAGGGAUACUGAAAAAAAGAAGGAUCCAAGAAUGAGAAAAAUUACUUGUUUGGGGGUAAACUGAGACCCCAAUAAUUUUUUCCUCAUGUGUAUGGUGCUCCUGAUGAUUCAUCUUGUAUUUUGCCUUUCUGACACCCAUCCGAACUGCUGCUCUAACGUAUACUCUUUACCUUGCCCAGAUCUCCGUGUAAGGAAUGCUUUAUGAUCAACUGCCAUAGGACUGAUGGAUUACCCAGUGUUUGGCUUUAUUCGAAGUCUAUGCCCUGCACAGCUCUUGUAUGUAUUUUAGAUGCUAGGAAGUUUUUAGCAUGUGAUGUGUGAUUCUUGUUUGAAUGUGUAUUACAGGUACCUUGUGAAUUCCAGAACAGAGACUGUGCCUCACAAUUGUUGGUCCCAUGAACUCGCACUAUCUUUCAUGGCGAUGUUUUGAAAAUACAAUCAGGAAAAAAGACCCAACAAGUUUGGAAUUUAGAAAUAGAAUCAUAUAUCAUGAAAUUGAAAAAGAAUCUCUUCUUCCCCUUUUCCUCACUCCUACAUAAAAGCUACAUUUAAGUAAAAUGCAGAUGGUAGGGAAAAAAACCCUGGCCAGAGGAUAGUUUAGUGGAAUAAACUGAUUACUGUUUGAAAAAAAAUGCUUCACCAGAUAUUUUCCAGUUUCUCUUUUUUACCUUUUUAAAAAAUUACUUUUUAGGAACAUUUGGUAUAAUGUGCAUAAAAUUAUUUACUGAUUUAUGGGCAAAAUGAUACAAGUAGCAUCUUGAUUGAACAUCAUUUACCUCAGAUAUUCAACCAGCAGUACAUUUUUUAUGCAGUCUCAACCCAUAUCCUAUUUGUUACCUCUCAAAAUAUUGGUAAGCAAUUAUUUUAGCUUUAUUCUGUAUUUCUUGUCAGUGUUUUGGGCACAGGUUGUUGUACUACUGUCAAAUUGUACUUGCUACUUUUUCUGCAAGUAUUUAACAAAAAGCUAAAAAAAAAAAGCCCCAUAAAACCCCACCUUGGAUAAGUGAUUGUUAAAUAUUGUACAAAUAAAAUGUAUGCUAGCCCCAUUCCAUCCCCAAGUUAAAUAAAAAAAAUGAAUUAUGGUAUGAUUUGCAUAUGCAGUUUUUCUUUAGCUGUACAUUCUUCUUAAAAAGGGGAAUAAUAGCUUUGUAAUUUAUAGUGAAGUUUACACCUUGAGAUUUCUAAGAAUGGGGAUAGUAGUGAAAGAAGGGAGGUUUGUCAACUGUGGCAUUUCCCUCCUUUGUUGU